GCCGGAGACUGGGCGAGGCGGAAGACGGCUCCGGACGUCCAGUGAGACAGCCCAGAGAAGAGGACCGUGCAGUGCUGGCAUCCAGUUCUGAGCAGGUUCGGGAGUCAACUAAGAGGACCUGAGAGGAGGCGCCCAGACGGCCUCUGGGGACCUGCAGCACAGGCCACCAUCUUGCCACACUCUCUGCUUCCUGUUCUGAGAAUCAGGUGCCACUAAGAUGUCAAACCCAUUCCUUAAACAAGUGUUCAACAAGGACAAGACAUUCAGGCCCAAACGCAAGUUCGAGCCUGGCACACAACGCUUCGAACUACACAAGCGUGCGCAGGCGUCUCUCAACGCGGGCCUGGACCUGCGGCUGGCUGUGCAGCUGCCACCGGGCGAGGAUCUCAACGACUGGGUGGCCGUGCACGUGGUGGACUUCUUCAAUCGAGUCAACCUCAUCUAUGGCACCAUCAGCGAUGGCUGCACCGAACAGUCGUGCCCAGUCAUGUCCGGGGGCCCCAAGUACGAGUACCGCUGGCAGGACGAGCAACGCUUCCGGAAGCCCACAGCGCUGUCAGCACCCCGCUACAUGGACCUGCUUAUGGACUGGAUAGAGGUGCAGAUCAACAACGAGGACAUCUUCCCCACUAAUGUUGGCACACCAUUCCCCAAGACCUUCCUGCAGGCAGUGCGCAAGAUCCUGUCAAGGCUGUUCCGCGUGUUCGUGCAUGUGUACAUCCACCAUUUCGACCGCAUCGCCCAGAUGGGCUCCGAGGCGCAUGUCAACACCUGCUACAAGCACUUCUAUUACUUUGUCACCGAGUUCAGCCUCAUCGACCCCAAAGAGCUGGAGCCCCUGAAGGAGAUGACAUCACGGAUGUGUCACUGAGGGCCCCUCCCAUCCGCUGAGACUUGGGGAGGCAGCUGUGUGCAGCCCGUGUCUCAGGAGCAUGGCACGCUCGAUCACGCCGCUGUCUGAGGAGCAGCAAGACCACAGCUUCCGCCCCCUCUCGUGGUGACUGCGGGCCCUGGCUCUAGCCUGUGCCCUUGCAGGCAUCCAGGGGCUGAACCUGAAUUCUGGACACUGUGAUUUCGCCACUGGGGUUACACUGUGCUUGCCACGGCCUCCGUCAGGAGGCAGGAUCUGGAGCCACUGCCAACCACCCCUUGUCCCUUCUCCAUGACUCUGCCUUGACAGCUUUGUCCCUUACUUGCCAACCUGGAAGGGAAGGUGCCACCAGGUCUCUUCUGUUUACAGCCACAUUGUGUGUGGGUGACCACAUAGGCAGCCAGCAUACCUCCAAAGAUGUACUGAUGUGCCAUGCCACGCCCCCCCCCCAAGCACCCCAGGGCAGGACUCCCAGUAUUGGGUAUUCUGGGAGUCUCUGUAGGUCAGGAAGGGUGCACUGCAUGCCUGUGUCCCAGGACUCUGCAGGCAGCUGCAAGGGGGAUUGCUAUAAACUUGAGGCCACCCUGACCUCCACAGUAAGGGUCAGGCCAGCCAGGGUCUCAUAACAAGAUUGUCUU